UAGCGGUACUUAUUGCUAUGGCCAAUCAGAUCCAGUGAGUAGAAUGAUAGGCGGGGUAUAUAUUUUGAAGUAGCGAAUCAUAACAUUAGGGGUCCUCACCGAAAGACGAAUUAAAUACAUACGGUGAUAAAUAUAAGCAUAAAUAUAUGUAUUCUUCAACUCCCAAUUCAACAUGAGGUAAUUUCAAGCGCUAGUUAAUUAUAAAGUGAUUUUUAUUAGCGGUGCUGUGAGACACAGUGCGCCCUUUUUAAUAUGAUUUAUAAUCAGGCAGCUUAGUGGACUACUAAUGAGGAUUGUUUGUAUGCUGCUGUGGACAAAAUGAAACACAACAUCUGUUGUUACUGCGCGACACACUUUAAUAUGUAAAGUACGUUGUGACAGUGCCAUGAAAAUGGCAGUAUUACCGCAGUUUAAUGGUCUUAUAUGUUACAUUGAUUCUAUAUUUGGUCUUUUUGUUUAUGUCUACACAAACGCAUUUGUCUGAUAGUAACACUGAGCCUUUGACCGUUUGACCAGCAGCUGAAGUGUGAAGCUGCAGUUAGUUUCCUCUACAAUGGUAGUAGAGGAGGAGAGCUUCUAUGGUGUGUAUAUGCUGUAUUGCAUCAACCCCAAAUUUAAAGGACGAAUCUACAUCGGCUUCACAGUGAACCCUGAACGCAGGAUCGGACAACACAAUGCUGGAAGACACCGCGGAGGAGCCAAGAGGACCAGCGGUAGAGGACCCUGGGAGAUGGUCCUCAUUAUACAUGGCUUUCCCUCUGAUAUUGCAGCUCUGAGGUUUGAAUGGGCCUGGCAGCAUCCUCACUCCUCCAGACGUCUCUCCCACGUCUCUCGACGCUCCAGAAAAGAGUCUAGCCUGCAGUUCCACUGGCGUGUUGUCUCCAAUAUGCUGCGGGUGGCGCCGUGGAACAGGCUGCCACUGACGGCCCGCUGGCUCAAGCAGGAAUACAGGAUGGACUUUGAGCCCAGCCUGCAGCCUCCACUGCACAUCCCUAUCGCUUUUGGGAGUGUGAGAGCUAAGAAGAAGCUGCCAGUGCAGUCUGCAGGGGAGGAGGAGGAGGAGGAGGAGACAUCCAGGUGCUUCCUCUGUAGAGGGCUGGUCAAGCUGUCAGACAAGCUGAGCUGUUUCCACCCGUCCUGUGGGAUGAGCAGUCAUGUGAUCUGCCUCGCUAAGCAUUUCCUGAAGUCAGAGCCGUCCCACCUCCUUCCUGUGGAGGGCCGCUGUCCGGCCUGUCAUCGCUCAGUGCUGUGGGGGAGUCUCAUCCGCCAUAAACAAGGCUGCUUGGGAGACCUGGAGGAGUUCACGCCGUCUGCAUCUCAAAGCCACUGGGCAGAUGAAUUGCAGAUGUGAUGGAAUGAACUUAUUACUUCCUUCUUAAUGAACUGUGGUGCCACAUGAGGCUGUCAUAGAGAAUUAUGUGCAGAUUGUGUGUCAUGCCAUUUCAAACUGAACAGUAGCUCAAUAUCUCUACUGUAAUCACUAUUAUAUUUUUAUACUAUCUGAUCAUGAAGUAUCUUUUUUUAAAUGAUAUUGGCAUAUGUGUUGAAUGUAUUAAUAUUUAUGGGGAAAAUACUUUUUAAUGCAGUUUGUGACAAAUAAAACAAGAAUGUUUUGGACUGUGUUUGAAGUGUAUUUAUCUGUUA